AUGAGCGAGUUUGCCCAGCAACCGGAGCCCAACCUGGCGAAGCUUGCUGGAGGUGCCGAAGUGGAGCGCAGGGCUUCGAGCUCUAGCAGUGGUGGCGGCAGCCUGCCUGUUAGGCGUGUCCCACGACCUCAACCGAGUGAAAGCCCACCGAGGAGGCCCGAGCAUCUCAGAGCAGCGAGCCCCAGAGAGGUGGCUGCGGCAACUGCUAAGCGCACAGGUACUCGGCCUGAUGCAGUUCAAGCCAAUGACUCCAUCAGGGAUCCCGGCAAAGGACUUCUGCAAGGUGACGCGGCCUCAGCAACGCCACGGGCGACACCCAAGAUUCGACCGAACUCUCGGAGUGCAUCCCCUCAGCCUUUCACGGGGCCUUCGCACUGCAGCGCGAGAGGAGCACGCGCGCGAAGGUCGAACACGCCACCUCUCACAGCCGAGGCCAAGAAGAAGGCAGAUAAGCUGCGCACCAAUUCUGCGAGCCCAAGAGUGUACGUGCGAGCCUCCAGCCCGGCAGCAUCAACAAAGUGCAGCACAGCCCGCCGGGAGAUCCAGCAGGCUCGUGCCCUAGCGGCCGGGGUGAAGAAGAAACCCGUGGAAGAAUCGGUUUCACAAGUACGAGGAAGCCAGUUGCUCCAGCAGGCUCAAGCUGCAGCAAAAGAGCAAGCUCAAUUGCAGAGGAAAGAGUGGAUGGCUGCUGUAAAAAGAACGCAGGACUCAACGGCGAAGUUCAUUGCACAGAAGCGCAUGGCAGCCAGCAGCACCAACUCUGCAGCCAGUGAGGCACACCAGCGGGCACAGCUCAUCAGGAUAGCGCAGGAUGACAAUUUCUGGCUGGAGAAUAUAAGAAGCUUCGAGGAACCUGAGCCCCAGUCGAAGACACCUCCAAAAGCCAGAGCACAGCCUGCCAUGCCCAAGUCGAUUGCCAGGCCCAGUCUCUACUCCGAACUAUUCGGACCAGUCAGCAGUGAGCAAGCAGUGAAGCGUCAGCACGGGGAAUCGGGUGCCACGCCUGUCCGUGGUCUGGCUUUGUGCCGUGGCUUGCGCCUCCGCUGCCUGUUUCUGCACGGCCGGAGUUCGGCCCAGGCUGUGGAGCAGAAGCCCGAAGCAAGGCUCUCAAAGAAAGGCGUCGUGCAGUCGAGGGCAGCAGACGACUGGGCAUCAGACUGGUUAGCGCAGGAGUUGUCCAAGAGCCCGGUAGUGUUAAUCUCCGAGUCCGACGGGGCCAGCUUGCGAGAAGCCAAGAAGUCUUUGGAGGAGGCUUGUGUUCGCUUUGAUCUACUCGAGCUGGACCGACUGGGCUCGGCCGGCGAUGCUUUGCUGGAGCAGUUGCGGGAAGACCACCGCAGGAUGGCGGACGCCGAGCAAGUGGGCACUUCCUUCGUCUUCGUUGGUGGGCAGCUGCUGCCUGAGAACUUUACCAAGGAGAGCACCCAGUGGCUCCAGCAGGUGUGCUACAACGCAGGGGCCCAGUUUAUGGAACCAGCGGAAGGUACCAACAUGACGUGGACCAUUCAGCAGGGCGCCAGGUGGCUGCCUCCGAAGAACAUCGGUGGUCGCCGGUGGUACCAAGACGACGCAGGAAUGGCCAAGUACGAGGAUGAGCACGCAGAUCCUGCUCGCAACCUCUACAACGAGAUGAUGUCAGCUCCAGGCGGCGGGACGGCCCUGCGCACACGGAUCUCGAAUCCUGGGCAGAAGCUGUUGCGUCAAGAUGCUAAGCUCGAUGAGCCGGACAAGUUCGGGGUGGCCCAACGCUGGCCAUCCUGGGGAAAAGUGGACUUGCUGCUCCGAAAUGUGGACGGUGUCACUGACUACCUCAGAUCGCGAGAUGUAUCGCGAGUCAGGCAAAUCCUAGGGGAUGAGAACAACACGUACGCAGACGGAAUUUCCAAGGACAUGCUGAUGUGGGUUUACGGACUCGGCAGGCGGAAGCUGAUGGAGGAGUUAGACCAGAGGCAGUGCCAUCACAAAGUCAUCUCCGCCAUUGACAUACAAGGGCUUCGAGAGGCGCUGCUGGAAGAGCUCGAGAAGGAGCAAGACUACAGCCCUACUCGACAAGGAGUCACUCCAGGAGUGAUCCAGAGCUUUUCUUCGCGCCAGCUCCAAGUCGAAAGGGAAGCAGAGAGCGACGUGGUUUUGUUGCUGGCAGUGGUUGACGAGCAGAGUCCCCGACAUUUGAGAUUCAGGGACCAGCUGGAAGGGGCUGCGCAAGUCCUUCUCCGUGCUGCUCGGAUCGUGACUGUCGAUGGUCGCAAGAACGACGAGAUCAUGACCGAGUUUGGCAUCACUCGCUUUCCGACGCUGAUUUGGCUUCAAGGCCGAAGCGGCAUUGAGCUGGCUCGCGAGAUCGGACCUUUCCCCACGAGUUCUAUCGUGGAUCGGACACGCCUCGUCCUGAACGUGAAGGAGCUGCCGGAGCCGGACAAGGCAGCCGCCGCCCUGGCAAAGGCUCGCCCACCCUCGAGGAAGUUCCGCCGGAGAAACUUCGAUCGCCCGCUUGCGGACAAGAACGCAGCUGUAAGAUCCAUCAACUCCCAUUCCAAAGGAUUUUGGCGGCACGGCAGGCGGUAA